UAGUGCGAAUAGAAGAAGUUUAGAGCAAACCUAUCUUAGUUUGGGCUGACGAGAAUCUUCGGCCUGUAUUUUGCAUACUAGGUGGGUGGAUUGCUGUGUCCGAAAUCCUGUCGACAGCUUCGUCUUCGUGUGUGCCUCUCUCUCUCUCUCUGUAAUUACAACCUUCAAGACAAAGAAGAAAAUGUCUGGUCCUAGGAUUGCUCACGCUACCUUGAAGGGUCCAAGUGUCGUUAAGGAGAUAAUAAUUGGAAUCACACUUGGUUUAGUUGCUGGUGGUGUAUGGAAGAUGCAUCAUUGGAAUGAACAGAGAAAAACCAGGACCUUUUACGAUUUACUCGAAAAGGGUGAGAUUAGUGUUGUUGUAGAUGAAGAGUAAAAUGAUGUUGCGAUGCUUUCCUUCUGUAGACUGAACUCUAUUCAAGCCUUUUGUUUGUUGCUAUAUUCAAUUGGCUCGUGUAAAUGAGCCGAGCUACUUAUACAUUGCAAAUAAUAAGUUCUUGCUCUGAUUUUGGAUUAUGUUGUCUUGUAGAAAUUUCAUGAAGCAAUGUUAUAUUACAUGUUUGUGUUAUUUCA